AGUCAAGCAAGCUGUUUGAGGCAACCGCAGCUGAUCGAGCUGUGCGGCAGCGAGGCACGUCCUGGGCAGCUUGAUUGCCUCCGGUGUAGGGCCUUUUGUGUCCCGCGUAACGCCGGUAUAACGCAAUCACGAUGGGAAACAUCCUGCUAACGUCGCCUCUGAGCACAGCGGCGACGUCUUUCGCAAAACGAAAGCGGAAAUCCAUGGACGAUGAUUCCUCCGGACAAGACUCGGAGUGGGCCUCGGCGCCGAAAAGAAAGAAGCUCAUGACGACGUCCCAGUACAUCUACCGCACGCUGUUCCUGGAAGGCCAAAACAGCGACGUCACCAUCGUGGCCUUGGGAAUAGACUGGUGUCUCCACAAGGUCUACCUCUGUCAGUCUCCAUAUUUUGCAAGCAUGUUUUGCGGGGAUUGGAAAGAGAAAGAAGAAGGUAUCGUGGAGGUAGGAAUUGAAGAUCCACGGAUUACAUGUGAUGCCCUAAAGAUUGUUUUUGGCUCACUGUACCUGGAUGAAAUUGUCAUCGAGCCAGGCGAUGUCAUCCCAGUGCUGGCAACGGCAACAUUGUUUCAACUGGAUGAGCUCAUCCAGCUGUGUUCUGAAAUAAUGGAAGAAACAAUCAAGCUGGACACUGUUAUUUCAUAUUACGAAGUUGCUGAACAGUAUGCACUGACACGCCUGAAGCAGAAAUGCUUUGAAUGGCUGGAACGCAAUCUCACGUUCCUUGUCAAUGAGGAUGCCAAAACUCUCCGGCAGAUUCCACCUGGCCUUAUGGAGCAGCUGGUCAAAUCACCUGCGCUAGUUGUCGUGCAGACAGAGUUUUCACUCUACCUUAUGGUCACAGCUUGGACAUUUUUGAGAGAGCACCCUUCUUGGGAAGGUGACCUGAAAGAGUGUGCACUAGAAGCACACAAAUACUUUAAGGAGAGAUCAGGGGACUGCUUCACACAGUCUGAUGAAGGCCAGGAGUACACAGAGGUGUACAAGGGGCUGCGCAUUGAGCAUCUCAUCAACCACCCCUUGGAUGUUGUGAUGAUAGAGCAAAACAACAUCUACCCUAAAGAGGCUCUAUAUCCUGUCUUCCGUAACCAAUGGUACCAAAUGCUGAGAAUUGAUCAGGGUCUUGACAAGGGUCCAAAAAACAUAGCGGAGGAAGAGUUUGACAAAUGCUGCCUGCGUUGUGGCCGAAUCCUCAUGACAGACGUCCAGCACAUUUGGCGGUGGACAGGCUACAACUUCGGGGUGGACCUCAUCGUUACCUACCAGAGCAGGACCAUCAAAUUUCGGCGCAAUGACCGAUCAGAGCCAGAAGUGUUCCGUUCAAAUGUGGCUUGGGGCCGGAGGCAUCUACUGUACCGGCUUUCAGUCUACACUGUGGGACCUCUGGGGGAUGCUGUGUUGCUGGAGUCUACUGGUCUUCGGUCAAUCACCCUUGGCAGAAAUGCUGAGACCAAAGUACUCACCAUCGAGAGGGAGUUCAAGCUUCCUAUCAUCAUCAGCGCCAACUUUCUUGUGACCACACCACUGUCUCUCGAGACCACGGAGGCUGUGCAGAGCUAACUCAUUGUGUGCAGUUUGAAUGCCUACGAACAUCGAAACGCGUGGAAAGUCACUGCUGUUGGACCAUAUGGCUGUGUGUGUUAGCUCGGUGCGUGCUCCUACGUAAAAAAAAAUCAAAAUAUUGGCUCGCGGCAUGUGCACUGUAGUAACAGUACAAAUGAUCACCGCCACUGCAGUGCAGUACAUAGGGGGACAACAGGAGCCUAUGGACAGUGCAACCGGAAAAAAAAUGCAGAAGCAGUUGUCUUUACCCAAAAAAUUAGGCAUAUGUAAAGUUCCACAAGCUGACUUUUGUGCCUACCUGAGUUGCCCUUAACCGAUUAGACCAAGCUCCCACUUGCAGCACUGCCAGAGCCUUUGCCAGCACUGCCGAAGCCAAGUGGCAUGUACCAAAAGCUUGGGACUGAGCGAAGCGUGGCACCGGUCUUGACGCCAUAUUUCCAAUUCUAGUCCAUGGUCCACUAUCUUGGUUGGGUCGACAGACAAAGGUGCGUAGGAAGGCACACUUGUGGAAUUUAUUUGUGUAUUGCCUAUUCAUCAACUGCCUAAUGCCAAGAAAGUGCAGCUUGAUUCUGCAUGUAAUGCUACAGUUACGUAUCGGAGCCUGCGCAGUAGGUACUGCAUUACACGUCCUUCUUGCCUUCAGUGCUUCACUGAGUGUGGCUCCACAAGAUGCGUGUUUUCAUUAUUGUGUUAUUCAUUGUGUAAGUGUUAAUGGGUUGUAUCUUGCGUGCACAGCCUUCCACUUUUAGUGGUCUAUGCCGGGAAUCAGUUUCAAGUGAGUCCCCCUUCCCCAACUACUAAGCUGUGUAGGCUCGUGUGUCACAACUUCACAAUCACCCCGUGACUUGCCCAAGCAGAGUGUCAUGCACAGACAUGUCAAAUAAUAUAAAAAACAAGUAAAAAAAUGUCCAAUUUGCAGGAAUUACCUUUUGGGUGCAUCGCAAAAACCUUCCCAAAUUCACUCUGAUAUGACUUACUCAGAUUUCUCGGACAGUUUUAUUAAUCAUGGUAGCCAAUUUUGCCUGAGACCUUGUUGCCAAUGUCUCUAUCGCUUCCUGUUAUACCAUAUAGUGCCUUAAUUUCAUCUUGCUUCAGCAGUGUUAGCUGCACAUGCUGUUAGUGUGUGGGCGCUUUAAAAAGCAAAUGUCUUUUGCAGUGAGACCCUAUUAAUAAAAUUUGCUUUGUACAAAAAAGGAGAAAAUUUUUUUAGUUAUCAAAGUAUCAAAAUAGCCUUGCAGAGGAAUGACAAGUUUGCAUAGGAUGCUGUUUUAUCUUGCUGAGGCAGACCUAUGCACUUGUUUUCUGAGCAGCCUCUAAAUUGGAUGUAACCAUUUGAAAACAUUCUUUAAUUUAGGACUGAGUUAGUGUCACUUUGUGGAAUCGUACCAACUGACCCAAUGUUCUACCAGUUCGUGGGCUUGUGAAGUAAGAGGCUGCAUGAGAAGAAACCCUCUUUCAAGUGCUGGCAGCAAUCGAAAAGGCCGUACAGUUUGCCUCUAUGUGCUCUAAACAGAGGCAAACUACAUUAUGCCAUGUAGCCAAUGUCUACACAGCAACUUUUCUCUGUAGCAUUCUCUGUGUGAAACGUAAAAUUUCUCAUAAUUCUUUACUCUCCGUAUAGUUGAAAGCUUUUUCUGUUUUGUUUUGUUUUGUUUUGUUUUUUGUCACAGCCAAAAACACAAAAAUUUGCUCAGGUAUACUAUUUCAAUGCCAGCACCAUCAUAGCAUAGAAUAGCAGGUACAUGCUGAUGUCCCAGCUAGUAAGCACCAAAAAUGAGAGAGAGAACAAACUCCCUUAUGAAAGUGCAGUCUAGGUGUGCAGUGUUAGAUGUGCGGCUGCACAAGUGCCUGUUAAUUUUUUUUCUAUUGUGUCAGCUCUUAGUCAAAUGCUUACCCAUCUACUGUUGGACGCAACUUGGAUGCAGGUAGUUCGCAGUAGCACUGGGAAGCGUGUGCAGCACUCUUAGGACAACAACUUCGUGUAGGUGGGGUCAAGGUCACACUAGUAAAUGUUGUCCAGUGAAACAUUGCAGUGGCUGCAUAGGAAGGGAGCUAAAAUCUAUUGCUUUCCAAGACCAAUUAGUUGCAGUAGCUCUGUAAGAACUGAAGUGGUAAGCAGCAUGGUGCCAUUCAGCAGUUAUGAACCAGUACUUCAAUGCUCCAUGAACUAAAUUUUUUAAGCACUCUUGUCGGUCUUGAACGGACUUUGGAACUCUGGACACAUUAGCUUAAAUGCACUUAAUUAUGCUCAUAACAAAUGUAUGGUGGUUUCAUUAGCCUAGAAAACUACACAUUGUAAAUUAGCUUGUGUGCAUCUACUGACACAUGCAGUAUAAAAAUGUGGUCUCUGAACUUAACGAUGCAUUCUGCUUAGACUAAAUUAUAUGCUUGCUUCCGACCACAGAGAUCUUGGUUAACUAUCAAAGUGAGGUGAAGUUAGCCCAGUGAAACACAAUGCAGUUUGCAGCCAACAUCAAAAAGAGUUAGAGAUUUAGUAAUGGGCCUGUGCAUGGCGAUCUGCUAAGGCACUGCAGCAAACUGUGACACACGUUAGCCUUAAACGUAAUAAAAGCCUUCACCCAAAAUGUUCUUAAUAUAUGCCUCACAAAAAGUAAUUUAUUAUGCGCCCAAAACACUAUCAUGCGAGCCGCCAGCAGAAUGUAUACUUUGUUUCCUUGACUUGCGCUGUAGAUAUAACCAAAUGCAGAUUUAUAUCCUGCACUUAACUUCCUCAUCUUAACACUUUUGUCAUUGGUAUUCAUCAGAUUAUCACAAAUGGCUUCUUCUUAGACGUCACAUUUUUAUUUUCUAUAAGUGAGAGCCACAAUUUAUAUAUUGUUCUCUUUAAAAAUUAGUAUCUGUGAUGCAUGAUUUUUCUGCUGAAUUCUUUUUAACAUUUGUAUGUUUUCCGGUGUUGUGCUGUUGUAAAGUAAACACGAUUAUGCAAGGCACAUGUGGUAAAUCUUAAGCCAUUUCCCACUUGUGUGACAGAUAUGUUAUUUCAGGUUGUGUGUGAUUGUGUGUACGUGUGUUUUUGUUUGUUUGUUUGUUUGUUUUUCCCUGAACAAGUUGUUGUUUUGAUCUAAACUAUCCAUGCACAUAGCAACUGCACAUAUGCAAGAUGUCAGCUUUUGAGUUAGUGGCUGAACAAUCCCUAAAUGCAAAGAAAAAAAAAUUGCUUGUACAGUGUUAACAUUUACUUUAGGAGAAAGGUAUCUUGAAUGUUUAUUUCCAAGCAAUAGAUUCACGAAAGUUUUAAUGUUAUCAUUUGCCACUGCUAAGUUUGUUACCAAUUAUUAGAAUACUAGGGUGGGCUAAUGUACUGAUUCUAUUGCACUGUCAUUACUUGAUGCGCUUCCUCAGUGGUCAAUACACUGCACGGCAGCCUUUAAGCCCACGCAAUCGGUGGAAUCGGUGGAGUCUAGAAAAUGGACGGUCAGAGUGAUGUAGAAUUGCUACAUUGUGGCAGCCCUAGUCCACUUAGCUAUCGCAGUGUUGUUUCAUUACCUUUUGCACGCACAAUAGUGAUGGUACUGAUGGUACAGUAUUUCAGAGGGCAGCUUGCUUAGCAGUUCUUUUCAUUGUGUGUUUGUGGCAGAAAUGUUGUUUGGUGCUGUGCUGUUUCAGUGCAGAUCUUGACGUCAUUAAUGAAAGAGCUCACCUGUUGGAAUAAUUUUAUGUACUUGCUUUUUUUUUUAUUUUGGUCCACUUAGUUGUCUGUGCAAGCUUUUUUUACAGAUAAAUGUUAAGAGUUGUUACUUCGCUGUGCUACUCAAGUUGAAUGACCAGUGUAUGUGGGACAAAGUGCCUUGUGAGUAAUAGAAUGUUUGGGGUUGUGACGCUGAGGAUUUGUUUUUGCUAGGCAUUUACCACCUUGUUUCCAUGGCAUCUUUUAACAUGUAGGUGUCUUGAAGUGUUUGCAGAGGUGUUCGUUGUAUCUACUAAUGUACGGAGAGCUUCAGGCUUGUUUUUUAUGCAUGUAUGCAAUGCAUACCAUAUUUUUUGCUGUUGUGUCUGUGGUUGUGCAGUCUCAUACUUUUCCACAAUUGUGUUAGUGCAUGCAUUUUUACAUCUUGUUGCAAAUUGCGUCGCCUGAACCUGGAUAUCUGCAUGUUAGGCAUUUAUGCCAUGAAGGAGCAGGAAAAAGGGCAAAAAGCGGAAGCAUUUGUGCUAGUAUCCAGCAACUGAAAUUUACUUGUAGGUUCCUAUUUAUAGCAUAACAAGUAUGCAUUUCACAAGUCACUGUCUCAGUACAUACAUGAAGUGAACUUCCGUGUUAUAUUGCAACAUUAUUUCGCAUGGCAGACUAGACGAAUUUAAAAAAAGGACAUGCAUCUACAUGGUCUUAAAUAGCAAUGUGUGCUUGUUAGUUUGGAAGCAUUCUUUAUUACAGAUCUUAGUCACAUUUUUUUAGUUUUACAUUAAAAGAACUGACUAGAAGAAAUUUGAACUUUUCAUUAAGCAGUUCUGUGUACAGAUUUAAUACUGUCUAAAAAAAAUGCCCAGGAAAGUAAGAAGGCAAAAUGAUUUUUUUAACAGCAGCAGUGCAUAUCGCAUUUUCGGUAUGCAGAAUGAAUAUGCAGAAAUCAAAGAUAAUGCUCAAUAUCCUGGCAAAAGAACAAGAGGUCGCAAUUAGUAACCAGCCCCCAGAAUCAGUGAACGACUGUGUAUAUCAUAUCUAGGUCAAUUACUGACAGGAGAGCCUCCUCAUAAGGCAAUUAACCAAAAAAUAAAGAUUGGUUGGAGUGGAUACAGCAGAUACUGUCAAAUCAUAAUCAGCAAUUGACCACUAUUCCUAAAGCAAAAAGUGCACACAUGCAGUGUACGAGUAGAUAUAUGUGGGGCUGAAACUUGGAGGAUAACAAAGAAUGAAACUUAGAAAAAGUUAUAAAGGGACAGACAACUGCCCAGAACAGCAAUUGAGAUAACGCCCACUAAUGGAAAGAUUGUCCAAUGGGUUGGCUAGAACGAACCCUGUUUUUCUCAUUAAACACGUACUUAUAUUCUUAUUUCUUCACUAAAAUCGCGAAAAAUGACUUCUGGUGCCCCCCGCGGCAAAAAAGCGAAGGUGCAUAUAAUCCCCAUCCCGUGAACUUUUACUGGUGUACGCGGUUAAUUGUCUCUAUAUUAGCGUUGAAAGGCAGUGCACUUUUUUUUAUUAUAACCUUUUCUAACUUAAAAUAUGCAGACACGCCUUCGUUUGUACGGAGCAGAACAGUGGCGCCGCCUUCGCUUGACAUAUGAUCCAAUGCUUAUGAGCAGCAGCAUGAAAGUUGCUAGCUGAGGGCCUAACGGCACCUGCCAACGGGUUGGAUAAGUACAAGCAGCACCUGGCUCGCAAAGCGGUAAAGGGACUUCACGUGACGACAAGCAUUUGGAAAAGUUAUUCUGCCUGCUUUUUAUAUUCAAAAGUGGUUGAAAAUGUCAAAAUGAAGGUGGUUAACUGCAGUUGCACUUACUCCUGUGAAAGCAGAAAGUUGAGCGUAAUGAACAGUUUGCGAGCAGGGCUAUCGGCAUCGCUGUCGCUUCUCAACGUGUGGAGAAGGAACCCUUAACUGUUUUAGUGGUUUCUCAGAUCAAAAAAUUUUGCUCACAAAAUAUCCACACGCUUUUGAAAUCAACCACUGCAGGUUUAACUACUACAGAGGGGGAGCUUUUCGUUGCGCCGUAAAAAACUGAGUUGAGAAAAAUCUGUUGUCAGUCCCUUUAAGGAUCACACAGCGUGUGAUGGAACGGAAAAUCUUAGGUGCAACAUUAAAGGGCCUCUAAACCACCCAGAGGUCAAAAUUUAGUUGUGGUAUUGCAGUUGUGCACAAGUCUGCAAGAAACACGCUGGCACAAGAAUUUUUUUAAUAGCGCUGUAAUAGCGGAGUUGCAUGCGUUUCGUGAUCCAAAAGCAGCCUUCCCUCGUUUCUCUCUUUUUUUUGUUGCACUCCGUUUGUCGGCUUGUCUCUCCUCCUGGCCGAUUGCUCCUCCUUGCCUUGCAAAUAGGAAGAGGAGGGGGCGUGCAUACGAGCGAGCAAACAAACAGGUUCUUGUUGCUGGCAUGACCGGAUGCGCAUGGUGAGGUCAAGACCAACGGUGGUGACACCAAAAGGCCCGAAGAGGAGCACAUUUGUGUUGAUCAAGACGGCAUUCUGAACUCUGUACGCAUGUUUACUUGAACCGCUAAAAAAAAUUCAGGAGCCCUUCCCCUAUCAGGAAAAUGGAAGCAAGCUAAGCUUGGUGUGGGCGUGCCUGACCUGCUUUUCUUUCCUUCUUUCUUUCUUUCACAUUAUGCAGUGCUCCCUCCCAAUGUGCAGCUUUAUUAUAGGAUGCGGCUGUCUCCGGCACGCUGUUUUUGAGCUCAAUCGGCAUUGCGUCUUUCACAUUUUUUUUCAGCAUUCAUCAGCCUCUAGAACAGCCCAACGAAAAGACCAUCAUGCGAUCAUGGAAAUGCGGGUUAGGAAUUCAAUUUGCUUAAAGUCGUAAUUUUUCUGUAAUGUGCACUUCCCAAUAUCGACCUUACGCACUGUCCAGCAGAUCGCUUUUAGUCCGCCAACAUGAACUAUUUCAAUGAUGCGCCCAUAGCAAGUGUACUGCGUCCCAACUGUGGGUUUUUUGUUUUUCUUUUUUCUUUUUUUUCCGUCCUCGGUAGAACACAUUCAUAUGCUUCAGUUCAGUUCACAUUGGACAAGCAUGGGCGCGUGGCCUAGUGGUCAAGGCAAUUGCUUUCGGAUCAGAGGAACUUAAGUUCAAACCCCAGACCUGGAAAGAAAAUUUAUUUAGUUUUGUUUAUUAUUUCUUUGGUGCAUGCCAGCUGUGGGUGAGGAAGGUUUUUGGGUGAGCGCGUCGCAGAUUUUUUAUGCGGUGGUGGGUUUUUUUGGAACACAACCACCACCAGCUUCACAGGUCAGUCAAUACAAGCUUCGCUUGAAAUAUCAGAGGUGGUUUAGGGGCCCUUAAAGACAUAGCAACAGAUCAGGAUGGUUCAGAGGACAAACAUGGAUGAAUGAAUGAAUGAACUUUAUUUAAAACUGGUCUGGCAGUCUCCCUCUGGCGAAGCAGGGGGAAGAGGGAAUUAACCCCUGUCAGGUCCCACCCUCCGUCGAUGAUGAUGGUGGUGCCUCAGGUGACGGCUCGAAGAUAGCUAAUAUUUCAGUUAAUAAAAAGCGAAGUGUACCUGGCCUAGUCAGGUAACGCAUAAGAGACACAACCGGUGGUUGUUUACAACAACGGAACGAAUACCAAGGGAUGGGAAAUGCAGCUGAGGGUAGCAGAGUUAAGCGGGGUGAUGAAAUUUAGAAGGGGUCCGCAGGCAUAAAAUGGAGCUGGCUUGCGCAGGACAGGGCGAAUUGGAGGUUAUUGGGAGGGGCCUUCAUUCUGCAGUGGACAUAAAUUAAACUGGUGCUCAUGGGGCUUAUUUAUGAACAGCUAAAAUGAGUACUCACAAGCAAAAGCUUUUCCACGUGUGAGAGAUGACAGCAAUAGCUUGGAAGUUUAGAAAGUUGCAGCCUGAUAGUAUUUACUUUAACCUGUUGUUUAGUUUUUAAAAAAAUGACUCUCAUACUGCACACAGUAGUGGUACAUAUAAAUGGUACAAAUGGGCAUAGGUAAUUUAGCUGAAUCAGAAGGUUUGCUGUUUUUAAAAAAUUUGUCGCCUUGAUGACACUCAUUUCUAUUGCAGCCUUAGAAAUAUGAAAGUGUACAAAUUUUGCUGUGGGGUCUUAAGCUGUGCCAGUGACCAUGAUGUAGAGUGCAAUUUUGAUCAUGGACAAUGCAGACUUGUCAUUUUCUCAUCUGAACCAAGUGUGCACAUAUGCCAUCCACUUUUUCAGACUUAUGUGGUUGCUUGUGUGUCUUGCCCAUAAUGUAUGCUGGAUAAAGAGCAAAGAAAAAAAGUGGUCUUUUUCAUCUGAAAUCGCCCAACCUAUAAAAAAAAGGUAAAUAAUCUGCUGCACAUAGCUAAACUAUUUUGCAUCAGGUUCUAAAUCCUCUUGAUUAUAUACUUGCACUGCAUUUAUAAGGAAACAAGAAAGAAUGUGUAACUUGUUAUAUCUUGCAUGCAAGAACAAAACAAAAGAAAAUUGACCAGCACUUAGAUUAGUCUUGCAAAACCUUAUUAUAUAAAUUACAUACACAUUUUUACAUUUUCUAGCCCUUUUUGUACGUUACAAGCAUGCCCUCCUGUGUGAAAAGCUUAUUCCUGGCGUCAUUUAAGCACCUUGUACUGAUUUGCAUUGGUGGCACAGGCCUUUUGCUUGCAAUGUUUUGUGUUGACAGUUCUUUUUACCUGUUCUGCUCUCGUAUUCUAGUCUGUAUCGUUAAAACAUCAACUUACUUACAUGCAUGUUUAGCUCCCUUGUUGUUUGGACUACACACACAGUGUAAAUAUGUCUGAGUGUGGUUGCAAAUAUUUCAUGUUGUUGUGGAGAGGCUGUAUAGAAAAUGGCUUGGUGCAUUUUUGUUAGCAUGGUGUGGCAUAGGAGUCUUGAACUUUCUGAAACAUUUUUCACAACUCUGACAUGUGUUCUUUUUUUUUUUUUUGCCAGCAGAAGUGUGCAGACCACUGCAGCUGCCAAGAAAUAGUUGCCUUGUGAAAAAGCAUGUACUAUAUUGUGGAAUUUAUCAGUGGAACCUGGACUAGUUGGUGUGAUGGCUAUGUAGCACUUUUUGAUUUCCAUCUACAAGCUGCAAGAAAGCAGUUUUCUUUUUUCAGAAUUGUUGUGGUCUGUGGGCUUUUCUGGUGACAAAAUAUAUUAUUUUGCAUAUGUUGAUAAAGGAUACUAGCAAUAUGCUGUGCAACACGGUUACAAGGUGUGCUUUAGUAUAACAUUUCUUGUUUAUUCAAGUGUCCUCUUGUCAACACUGUGGUUACUAUCGCAGGUUCCAAAUAAUGGCACAUAGCGUUCGGUGACAGCUGCUAAACAGCUAUAUUUGUAAACGCAUAGAACAUGCAUACAAAUGCAGUUGUGAUUAGAAACAAAAAUAUUCUGGUGAAUUUUUAAUUUGAAUCCUCAAGUGUACCCACAAGAUUGUUUAUAGUUUGCAUUUUGCUGUCACUAGCCUAGCAGGCAUGAUACUUAUUGCCCUAAAUAAAAUUGUAUUGCAGGGAAGGUGAUGUAUAUUUAAAAGUUAGGCAUUGCAAACAAGAAAUAACUGUGUUGAUGUCAGGGGCGUUGUGCUGUACUCUUUCUUUUCCUAAUCUUUUUUUUCCUAAGUCUAACAUUUCUAAUACUACAUGACUGCCAACACAACAAUAUGGAGCACUGUUAAACUUCAAUUUGAGAAACUUGGCGGGACCCUAGGAUAAUUUCUUAAAAUUUAGAACUUCAUUGGACUGAAAAACCUUAAGCGCUUGUGUGAAUAAUUCGAAUAAAGGGUGAAACACGGUGCCAUUUUGGCUUAAUGGGCUUGAUCAGCGGAGGGCAUACACAGUUCUUGACAGUAAGCUCAUUUCAACUUAGCUUCAACAGAGUGGCUGGCACAUUCUGGUAUAGCCAAGUCGGCAGUGCUUAGGCCCUCCAAGGAGCAGUUUUGUAAAAGGAGAGUGGUGCACAUCAAGCAGGUGUAGUGAUUUGUUUACUGUAGCGAUAUGUUAAUUUUUAGGUAUUUUCUGCACUAUUCAAUGAACUUAAUCAAAUUGGCAAGGCAUUGAGUCAACUUUGUUGCUUAAAACUUUUGAAUGCAUUAGGCUCUAUGAAUAGGUGCUGAAGAAUUAAAAAUACUUCAGUCGAAUUUUUUAAUAAAAUUGUGUUUUGUUA